CGCAAACCCCACACGCCCUCCACACUCCAACCACUUCGCCUCCACCACAGCGCGAGAGAGAAGCUUCUGGAAGCUAGGGUUUCCCCGUCCCCAUGGCCGCCGCCCCCGACGCCGCUGUGGUGGUGCCCGUCCUGCUGCCACCGCCGGUGCCCCAGGUGCAGCCGACGCUGAAAGACAUCGUCGUGGAGUUCCCGGUGGACGGCGGCCGCGGCCGCCUCGUCGCGGUUCUCCCGCUGCCGCCGGACCACGAGCUGAGGAGGUCGCUGGAUUCCGUCGCGGAGGCCCUGGCGAGCGGCCGCCUCGCCGCGGUGCUCCCGCCGGCGCGGAGGAACACCGUCGCGGCGGUCCUGGCGCGCAGCCGUCUCGCCGCGGCCGCCGCCGAUGCGCUCAUGUACCUGGCGCUCGCGGGCAUGUGGAUCUUCUAGGCGGGCAUGGCCGCGCAGGACGUCGCGGCCCGCGCCCUCGGCGAGGGCUCCCGCGCGUACGCCUUGGCGUUCGAGGUCUCCCGCGUCGCCGUCCUCCUCGUCUUCCUGCCGGUCUUCCCCUUCGCCACGUUGCUGCACGCCGUCCGCCUCGCCGUCUCCGACACCGAUGAGCCAGACGAGAAGCCUGCUCCGAAGAGCUUUGCAGCAGCAGCACGGGAAGUGCUCAGCGACACCAUCUGCGUUGGGUCAAUCGCUUUAAUGGCUUUCGUGUUGCUGGUGUCUCUUGGUGCUCUGGUUAAGGGGGAUUCAGCUGCCAAGGGAUCGUGCAGGGAGAUGAUUGGCUCUGUAAUUGGUGAUGUGGGGCUCGUGGGCUUUCACGUGAUCAAUCUCUUCGUCCUUACUCCCAAUCUUGCGCUGAGGGUGUGGAGGGUGAAGCUACCUGGCCAUGGCCACCGUGUUGUUCCGGUGUAGCCAAGCUGACAAGCCGUCAAGACAAAGACUUGAAGAGAAGUACGGCUGUGAAGAUGGUCAGACAGGGACCUACAGGAUGACUCUUGCUGAUGGUUAAUUAUGGGCUUAUGGCUGAUGCCAUCAGAUCAAAGUUUUGAAAACUAUAUUUGGCUUUUACGUAUACUGGUUUCUAGUACUUUUUUUGACAUGAUGGUUUCUAGUACUUUGCAUCUACGAACUUCUAUUUUGUAACUUAGUUCAAUGCUAGUAGUACAGUAGGACAUGUUCCAUGAGCUGAUCUGCGCAUUUGGCAAUUUGGAAUUAAGGUGUUUAUUCUGUUGGAAUGACUUAUGAGCAUACUUGUCAUGGUAAGACCUUAUUUGGCAGAAAACACAGUCAAUGCUUCU